GCAGAGACCAAUGGCCGCCCUCCCUCCCCUGCCAACAGGCCGGAAUCACUCGCCCAACCAUGAAGAACCUAGCAGAAAUCGGAACCAUAAAACAGCAAAGCUGCCUGCUCCAUCAAUAGACAGAAGCACAAAACCUCCCCUGGACCGCUCAUUGGCUCCUCCUCUGGACCGAGAGCCCUUACUGGGAAAGAAACCCUCUGAUAAGCCCUCCGCUCCACUGGGAAGGGAGCAUUUACCCAAGAUACAGAAGCCUCCUUUGCCGCCAGCCAUGGACAGACACGAAAGAAAUGAGAGAAUCGGACCCCUGACAGCAAGGAAGCCACCAGUUCCAAGGCAUGGAAGGGGACCAGACAGAAGAGACAAUGAUGAAGAUGAUGUGCACCAGAGGCCUUUGCCACACCCAUCACUACCUUCUAUGAGCUCCAACACAUUCCCUUCGAGAUCUACCAAGCCCAGCCCCAAGAACAGAUUCCCAUUGCCUCACAUGCCGGGAGCCAUCUCAGAAAGUAACAUUGGCUUUCAGCAGAGUGCCUCCCUGCCAUCAUACUUCUCUCAAGGUCCCAGCAGCAGGCCACCUGUCAGAAAUGAAGUCAGAAACUUACCUUUGCCAGUUCCAAACAGGCCUCAGCCUCCAUCUCCUGGGGAAGAAGAGUCUCCAUUAGACGAAGAAUGGUAUGUCUCUUAUAUUACCCGGCCAGAGGCAGAAGCUGCUCUGAGGAAGAUAAACCAGGAUGGCACCUUCCUGGUUAGAGACAGCUCUAAGAAGACAGUGAACAAUCCAUAUGUCCUCAUGGUGUUGUACAAAGACAAAGUUUACAACAUCCAGAUCCGUUACCAGGAGGAAAGUCAAGUCUAUUUGUUGGGUACUGGGCUUCGAGGAAAAGAGGACUUCCUGUCUGUAUCAGAUAUUAUUGACUACUUCAGGAAAAUGCCACUGUUACUCAUUGAUGGAAAAAACCGAGGGUCCAGAUACCAGUGCACACUAACGCAUGCUGCAGGCUGUCUGUAGCAAGUUACCCAAGAAACGAGCCUUCCUGACUCUAUCAUCGAUGUGGCAAGAGCUUGACCUGAGCAAACGGACACCAGGACUAAAACAGACUGUCAAUAUGGGCCCUGCGUUUGCCCUGUCCUGUAAAAUAUCUGAAGACUGUUGAAUACCACAUGAUUUAUUUAUUUUCUUUGAUGUUUAUAAAGUGUAGAAGUGAUCAUGUUCACGUUUGAAGUCUAAGAGUGCAUGGCAGACAUGAGAUUUUGAACAUCCACCUCAAAAUACAGUACUUUAGUAGAGAAAUAAUGUGGAACGAGCUGAAGAAGGACUGAAAUGGAUGGUUCUGGUUUUAUAACGAAACUUUUGUCAGGCCAAGGCACAAUCUGUUUUUUUACACAACUUAAAAUGAUUAAAAUUCAUUUUUGGGGCAACCAAUACUUAAAAAGCCCCAAAAACCCCAUUGU